AUGGCCCCCAAGGCUGCUGAGAAGAAGCCCAGCACUGGUGGCAAGGCCCCGGUUGGCGGCAAGGCUCCCGCUGAGAAGAAGGAGGCUGGCAAGAAGACUGCCACCGCUGCCUCCGGCGACAAGAAGAAGCGCGGCAAGACCCGCAAGGAGACCUACUCCAGCUACAUCUACAAGGUCCUCAAGCAGGUCCACCCCGACACUGGUAUCUCUACUCGCGCCAUGUCCAUCCUGAACUCGUUCGUCAACGACAUCUUCGAGCGUGUUGCGACCGAGGCCUCCAAGCUCGCUGCCUACAACAAGAAGUCCACCAUCUCCUCCCGGGAGAUCCAGACCUCGGUGCGGCUGAUUCUGCCCGGUGAGCUGGCCAAGCACGCCGUGUCGGAAGGCACCAAGGCCGUCACCAAGUACUCGUCUUCGGCCAAAUAA